UGCCAGUGCCCCUUGUGCAGGAAGUCACAGGGGCUGCCCAGCAUCUUGAUAAGCCUCUCUUGGUCAUCAGGUUCCACUCCUGCUCCUGCAGACACCUCCUAUCCAGGGGUAGGAGAGCAUUCUCUGGUGUUCGGCAUUCCCUGGAAAGCUCCUCCUCUUCUACUCACCACCUUCAACUAGAAGAUGGCGCUCAGUGGCACCAGUGGAGGGUUCUCAACCUUGAAUCCAUCUGUCACAGCCUGGAGCAGCGAAUUCACAUCAAUAAGUGGAAGAGAACAAACUUUCAAAACGGAGUUCCUAACUCUGGAAUUACUGACAGCCAUCGUGGCCCUGGUGGGGCUGGCGGAGAACUCCAUGGUGCUCUGGCUCCUGGGCUUCCGCAUGCGCAGGAACGCCUUCUCCGUCUACAUCCUCAACCUGGCUGGAGCCGACUUCCUCUUACUCAGCUGUCAUAUUAUAGAUGCCCUAGAAACACUCAUCAUCUCCAUAUCCAUCCCGCACUUUUUCAUGACUGUGUCCGUGUUUGCCUACAUCUCAGGCCUGAGCUUUCUCAGCGCCAUCAGCACGGAGCGCUGCCUGUCUGUCCUGUGGCCCAUCUGGUACCGCUGCCGCCGCCCCAGACACAUGUCCACCGUCAUGUGUGCCCUGCUGUGGGCCCUGUCCCUGCUGCUGAGCAUCCUGGAAGGAAACUACUGUGGCUUCCUGGUUAGGAAGGUGCACCAUGUUUGGUGCCCAGUGUUGGAUUUCAUCACUGUGGCGUGGCUGACUUUGUUAUUUGUGCUUCUCACUGGGUCCAGCCUGGCCCUGAUGACCAGACUGCUGUGUGGCUCCAACCGGGUUCCCUUGACAAGGCUCUAUGCCACCGUCGUGCUCACCGUGCUGGUCUUCUUCCUCUGCGGCCUGCCUUUCGGCAUCAUCUGGUUCCUCUUAAUCUGGUUUCAAAAAGAUUUGGAUGCCUUCGUUCCUCAUUUCUUGGCGGCAGUUCUCCUGUCCUGUGUCAACAGCGGUGCCAACCCCAUCAUUUACUUCUUUGUUGGCUCCUUCAGGCAGCGAUGGUGGAAGCCGAGACACGCCCUGAGGCUGGUUCUCCAGAGGGCGCUGCAGGACACUCCUGAGGUGGAUGAACCUGGAGAAAGCCUUUCUGGGGAAACCCUGGCCAUGUCAGGAAAUCUGGUGUCCUGAUUCAGAGUCAGCUUUGUUCAGACAGAUGUGACUUUGAAAGCCAGCUUUGUCCCUCUCAUUUGGUUGGAUUUCUUACCAUGUUUAACUUCUGGGCUCCGGAUUUAAAACAAUUAACAUAAUAAUCCAGCUCCUGAGGAUGAAGUGAGCCAGUGCCUGUUAAAGAAACACAGAGUGUGCCCUAACCGGUUUGGCUCAGUG